AUGGGAUCCUUGUGCAGUUGGAUCGCCAUCGAGCACAUUACGCGCCGCACAUCGGCCGCCGGCGGCCACGCGCCCGCCCUCCGCGACUCCACUACUACCGGCUUUGAAGUCGAAUUCACAUCGACGACCAAUCAUUGUGGGAAUUUCAUUAAAGUUAAGCACGCGGGACACGUAGCGCGGCGGCAGCGCUACGAGCACGCCCGCCCACAAACAAUCCGCACUGCUUGGCAUUUGGUAUUCAAGAGAGAGCGGCGCUCGCAUAGAGUCGUCGCCGCUGAGCGCGCGUAUUCUGUGCGCGUUGUCGCCGACACCCUUUUUGUUCAGAACGCGCCAUCGCAAAUUCCCAUUUCACUAUGUAUAGCCGCGAGCACUCCUCUGGGCGGCUCGUUAGGAGCAUCGCCCUCAUUAACGGCCUCCCGCGCCGCUUUUGUGCCGCCAAAUCGCUGCACGGGAGCCAACUUGGCCGCGUGCCCGAACCUCGGCCGCGCUCUCAAUGGGUGCGAUAAGAAAGGGGAUGCCUUCCAGCGGGAGUCGCGUUGCGCAUCCAGCACGAACAGGGAAGAGUUCCUGCGGGACCAAUUAGUGACGAAAGGGCACAUCCGAGCGCCUCCCCGCGUCAUUAGGACCGCCGACACCAAUACAAAACAAAAAUGGGGCACAGAACGCUAUUGGAAACGAGAGCUCUUCACUCCGACUGUCCCCUGGGUCGCGUCGCAAGAGGACCACAAUGGC